CACCGAUCAAUGGAAAGAGCCAAAGAUCUGUCACGCUGACAGCUCGAGAGGAGAGCCGCCCCAGCAGUGCCACCUGACACUGCCCAUCAAUGCCAGCUGUCAGAGCCCAUCAAUGCCACCUGCCAGUGCCCAUCAGUGCCACAUCAAUGCCACAUAUCAGUGCCCAUCUGAGCUGCCUUUCAGUGUCACAUAUCAGUGCCAUCAGUGCCACCUAUCAGUGCUGCCAAUCAGUGCCACCUAGCAGUGCCAGUCAGUGCCACCUAUCAGUGCCAGUCAGUGCUGCCUAUCAGUGCCAGUCAGUGCUGCCUAUUAGUGCCAGUCAG